AUGUUCCGUGUCGGUACUAGUAGAUUCACCUGCGCUCCAUUGCGUCAGGUACGAUGGAACUCCACUGCUACCACACCGCCUAUGAUGGCAACAUUGCGAGCUGAUCUGAAGACAGCCAUGCGCGCCAAAGAUACUGCCCGGCUCAAUGUCCUUCGCGCUUUGAUUUCCGAGACCAACAAUGCUGCCAAAACCUCCACCCCAUACGCGACAGAUAUUCAACUUCUCUCCCUUAUCCGAAGACGUUCAAAGGCCUCCCAAGAUGCUGCUGACCUGUUUGCCAAAGAAGAUCGCGCGGAUCUACAAGCUCAGGAAGAUCAACAGGUCACUAUCUUGGAGGAGUACGCGGCUCAGAUCAAGACAAUGCCUAUCGAGGAAUUGGAAGCUAUCAUCGCGGAACAAGUUGCCAAAAUCCAGGCAAAGGGAGAGAAAGUGCGGUCCGGUCCUUUCAUUGGAGCUCUUUUUGCUAAAGGAGGGCCAUUGGAUGGCAAGCCAGUUAACAAAUCCGAAGUGCCAGCCUUGGUGAAGAAGGCUGUAGAAUCGGAAUGA